GUUAGCCUCAGUAGGCGGCCAAUUCAUUCACUUGUCGCGUUCUAAAUUCAGUAUUACGCGCUAAAUAUUAUGUCUAGAAACUAUUACUAAGAUAAGCAAUUGGUGUUAUACAAAAUAACAAUUCAAAUUGUUUGAUUGAAACAGCGGCGGCCAAGUGAAGCAAAGUGAGCAAGAGAGCGAACCAAAGAGAGCCAAACAUUUGAUUUGUUUGCUUUAUGGUAUAUGUCAACAAAAAGUAGCAUCCAAAAUCAGUGCAAUAACAAAAUAAGAACGUGGCACAAAUUUGUAUCAGCUGCUGGGAAAACAAUUAAAAAAACUUGUUUUCCCCCCACCACCAACUCGAAACAAUUGCAAGUUAGUAACUGCGCAACAAGCGGUGGCAAGCAGUAACAGCCACAAAGAUGAUACCCGGCUAUGGACCCGUAACACAAGCGCUGCUUGGCACGCUACUCACUUGGGGUUUGACGGCAGCGGGCGCUGCCUUGGUAAUAUUUGUGCGCGGCAAUCAACGACGCUCGCUGGAUGCUGCGCUGGGCUUUGCAGCUGGCGUCAUGAUAGCUGCUUCGUUCUGGUCACUGCUCAAUCCGGCCAUUGAAAUGGCCGAGACCUCUCAUCUGUAUGGUGCCUAUUCAUUUAUGCCCGUAGCUGGCGGCUUUCUGCUGGGCUCAAUCUUUGUCUAUGGCUGCGAUAAGCUCAUGUCGUACUUGGGGCUAAACAGCACCAACAUGAUGAUACAGAUGACACAGAGCAACAAGGACAAGGCAGACAUUGCCAUUGAUGAGUUGAACAAACGCAAUGGCUCCAAGACUAAAUCAACCAAGAGCUUGGACAGCUUUUCCGACUGCCUAAGCGUGCAGCAUAGCGGUGAGUCGCGACGCCGCAAGAAGAGCAGCAUUGGCGAAGUGGAGCAAUGUACAUACACCAACGAAAUGACCGCCGAGGAGUUGCAAAAACAACAGGAUGCGGUCUCACAGUGGAAACGCAUCAUGCUGCUGGUGGUGGCCAUUACAGUGCACAACAUACCCGAAGGCUUAGCUGUCGGUGUAAGCUUUGGCGCCAUUGGCACCACCAACUCCUCAACAUUCGAAAGCGCACGCAACUUGGCCAUAGGCAUUGGCAUACAGAAUUUCCCAGAGGGCUUGGCUGUCAGCUUGCCGUUGCAUGCCGCUGGAUUCAGUGUGAUGCGUGCGCUGUGGUAUGGCCAGCUUUCAGGCAUGGUGGAGCCCAUCUUUGGCGUGCUGGGUGCUGUGGCAGUUACCUUUGCUAAUCUGAUACUGCCUUAUGCGCUGUCCUUUGCUGCUGGCGCUAUGAUUUAUAUUGUGGCUGAUGAUAUAUUGCCGGAGGCGCAUGCUAGCGGCAAUGGCACUAUUGCCACAUGGGGCACAGUAGCUGGUUUUCUUAUUAUGAUGUGCUUAGAAGUGGCGCUCUCGUGAUCUAACCAAACAACAACCGCCGACAGACAGAGGUUCCUAGCAAACACAAGAAGCUAACAUUCCUAUAGCACAGUUGGAACUUUUUAAAUUUUUAGUUAUGUUUACAAAAUCUUCAUGUUGCACGUACUUAAGUCAUGUCACACAAUCUCUUGUACAUAUGUCUCUAUGUACAAUCUCAUUUAUAAUUGUUGCCUACAAGCCCUGAGCUUCAAAAAAGCAGAGAAAUAUAAGCGUAAAGUACAAUAAGUAUUUUUUAUAUGUAUAUAAGACAACUAGACAACAUUGUUUAAGCAUUGUAGCAACUACUUAUGUAAAUGUCUGUGGUAGACAAGUUAAAACUGUAUUUCCAGAUAAAAAGAGCAUCAAGAAAAACCACCACGUGUUUGUAAAUUAGCAUCUAAGUUGUCAGCACAGAUGACUACUGCAUUUAUGCCUUUUUUAUAAACCUGUCUUAAUAUUUAAGCAAUAAAACAUUAUGUAUAUAACACAAGUAAACAUAUGUAU